UCAAAUGUCCACUUUGUGUGAGAAUGCAUCAGUUAAACCGGUACAUCCUCACCGUGCUGUUACCAGCAGAGAGCAGAGCAGCAGCAGCAGCUGAGGACAGAUUAUGGAAGUCUAUGUGUGCCGAAUUCAUCAGGACAUGUGUCACUGGAGGAUCGCCUGAAUCACAGAUUUCAGGCUCUUGCUGCAGUCCCGCUGGAAUAAAAGCAGUGACGACUUCUCCCGCUCCACCAAGAUGGGGAAUGGAUUAUCGGAUCAUCGCUUCCCCUGCCUGCCGUCCUUCCAGGCUCUCCACAUUGUCAUUCUGGGACUGGACUGCGCGGGAAAGACCACCGUGCUGUACCGCCUGCGCUUCAACGAGUUCGUGAACACCGUCCCGACUAAAGGUUUCAACACGGAGAAGAUCAAGGUGACUCUCGGAGGCGGUCGACGGACGGCUUCGUUCCACUUCUGGGACGUCGGUGGUCAGGAGAAGCUGCGUCCUCUGUGGCGCUCUUACACGCGCUGCGCCGACGGCAUCGUGUUCGUGGUGGACUCGGUGGACGCCGAGCGCGUCGAGGAGGCCAAGACGGAGCUGCACAAGAUCACGCGGCUGGCGGAGAACCAGGGAGUGCCGGUUCUGGUGGUGGCUAACAAACAGGACCUGAGGAACUCGCUCAGCCUGGCCGAGAUGGAGAGCACGUUGGCUCUGGGCGAGCUCGGCGCCGCCACGCCCUGGCACCUUCAGCCCGCCUGCGCUAUCAUCGGCGAGGGACUGCAGGAAGGUCUGGAGAAGCUGCACGCCAUGAUCGUGAAGAGGAGAAAGAUGCUGCGGCAACAGAAGAAGAAGAAGAGAUGAUGUGCCAACGGCGGGAACUAUAAAACGUGAGCUGGAUCUAAAGCUACAUGAGAACUAACUGUGAGCUGCAGACAGGCGGCCGGUCCACUGGGACUCAGGCUGAGUUUGAUCCUUCCAGUGGACUGUUGGUUCACGUCAGCCAGUGUUUGGCUCCCACAGAGGACAGUGGGAUGGAUUUUGCCCCGUGGACUUUGGAUGCCAACAACCUUGUCAGCAACAAGUCCUUUAUCAAGGAAGUCCAGUAUUCUGCUGUUUCCACUGAACUCUUAAAGGUGGACAAUGAGCUCUGACACGUCUGUUUUAUGUUGGAAUAUAUGUUGCUACCAAAGCUUGUGUUAGAGCACAACGCUGCACAUGUCAGUAUCGGGACACGUAUGUUGUAUCCAUGUUGCACAGUGGAAGGGGGGGGGUCAAUAAGUUUACAUGAAGAGUAAAUGUUCAUCAACAACAGGAUGACCCUGAAACAUGUACAACACUGUUCAACAUGUCUGUUAAUGAUGGAGAGAAUGAUUUAGGUGUUUGGUAGCGUACCUACCUUCCUGUUGCACAGCUACACUGAGAGCAGAACAUGUCACUCCAUCUAAAACAUGAGCUUCUGUUGUCAACCCUGCUGAUUGGAAAAGGCUGAGGGCUUCUUUCUAGAACCAUCAGUUUAUACCAACCAGUCAAUACAUAGCAGGAUGGAGGAGAUGUUCCACAGGAGCCUCAAAACACCAGAACGCAGCAGUGCAGACACAAACUGUGUUUUGAGUACAGGACGUGGCUGAUUGAUCCAAAUCUGGCAGAGAGGAACCUAUUGAGAACCUACUCAGCAUUAGGCAGGUGGUCAUAAUGUAACGGCUGAUCGGUGUAUACUUGUAAUGUUAUCUUAGUGAGGUCUCAUGACUUCACUGGCUCUGAUAGUGAGCUAACAUUCCUCAGCUAACUUUCUCUACAGGUAUUCACAUCUAAAUCUAUUAAACAACUUAGAAGAAGAUAGCACAUUUAGUUUGAACCCAACUGUUUCUCAAGUGAGCAGAGUGAUUGGAACAUGUGAACAUGUGACUGACGGGUGUUUCUUGCUGCCCAGGUGUGUCCUAUAUCUAUUAUACAGCUCUGAAUGUCUAACCUCAGUUUCAGCUUUGGGUUUUGUCUGGGCGGGCUAGAUAGGAAGGCCAGAUUGGGAUUUGAUGAACUUUUACCAUGAACUUUGAAAAGGCUAAUGGAGAAAGACUGGAUCUGCUCAUCAGAUAUAAUAAAGGAAUUGUCCUCGCUGUUCCGGUAGUUAGAACUGUAUGUAAUGCAUUAGUUACCGUGAUAGAGGUUUCCGUAGUUGGCUACUUGUAUAAUCACAUACUGUCGGAGCAAACUGAGGAAAAGUGGAUAUACCAAAAAAAAAAAUAACAAUCACAAAAGUGAUGAUUUGAACAGUCUGAGAGCGAUCCGUUGUCUCCAUGUGUUUCAGGUGAGACUCUCUGGCCGGGGGGAAGCUGUGACUUCAUCACCAGCAUCGCCCCUCUGUAGAUGUGUCCUGUGUAAUCCUGUUUAUUGACAGGCCCAGUUGGAUCAGCAGGAAUAUUCCCUGGUUGCCUGUUGAGCAUCCGUCCUCAGAGACAGCCCCACCUAUAUGUGACGACACAUUUGAUGGUCCUUUUACUUUCAAAAUGACACUGACACUGAAGGAAGUGAAGCUUCAUGUACCACUUUGUUCACUUGUAAUAAAACAACGACAGGACAGUGAUGUA